GUCUAAGUUGAGUAAGGGGAUGUGCUUGUUUUUCUUUUGCCAGGGAACUUAAAAAGGAAAGGCUAUCAAGAUGCCUGAGACUGGCGGUGCAUCAGUUGUUCCCAAGAAGGGCCUGACACUCGAUGACCUCAUCGCGGCCAUCGACCGACAUGAAAGGAACCCGAGCAACAUCCCAAAGGUCGAUACUUUCCAUUUUUGUGGGGAAAGAGUCUCGAAAUGGCUGGAGCGGGUGGAACAGGCUUUGGUUGGGCGGUCGGACAUUGUAAAGUUUCAACGCAUCCUCCGAUAUGUCCUACACAGCUACCAUCAGGAGGUGAAGAAAGUCAUAGAUGCGGCUCAAGGUAGCUGGGAGAGGUUCAAGGAGGGGAUGCAGAGGAAAUACCGCCUGGGAGACGGGUUAUUGACUACCACGGACCUUGAAGCGAUGAACAAAGAGGAUUUUACGACUAUAGGGGCCUUUGUUCAAGAAUUUAAGAGAAGGGCGCAGAAGGUCCAUGGGAUUUCAGAGGAAGCACAGUGCGCCAUCUUCCUGGGGCUACUCACGGCAUCGGAAGCCGUCGAGUUGACGAGACAUGGAGGAGGUAGCACUAAGCUCACCUGGGCCACCAUUGAUAGAGGGGUGGAAGUGGGAUGUUUGGACCAGGUCGAGCAACGUCAGGAGGAGGUGCCACAGGAGGGGAUACCGCGAGAGGGGGUGUCACAGGAGGAGGUGCCACGGGAAGAGGUCCAGGGUACUCAGCGAGAGAGAGGGCUGGGCGAUGAGGGGAGACGUGCAGGAAAGGAAGUGAUAGAGGUUGGAGAGGACAAGCCCCCACAGACGCCAGCAGUGGGUUUGAAACUCGGAGAUGCACCAGGGAGAACCCGGCACGCAAAGGAGAGGUUGCAGGGAGAGGAGGCCCCACUUCUUUCAUCAGAAAGGGCCCCAUCACCAGAGGGGAGAGCCGGCAGGAGAAGAGAAAGGGCAGCUGUAAGGAGGGAAGCUUUGACCUUGAUAGAUAGGCACCUAGCAGCUUACGCCCUGGAGCAUCCAGACCUGGAGGAGCCAGCACCUGCUGAGCCGCGCCGGGCGCCGUACCAACCCGAGAGGGAGAUGGAAGCAGAAAUCCCGAAGAGGGUCGACCUCCGCACAAGGGAAGGGGCGCCAGCUGGAGAGAUGGCUGAAGAAAAGAGGGCGAGAAGAACAAGACGGAUAAAUGAGAUAUGGCAGGAGAGACAGAGAUUGGAGGCAGCGGGGGAGCUCUCGGAGCAGCAACAGGAGGGGCAGCGAUCAGAGGCAGCAAGAGCACUCCCGGGUCAGCCACCCAGUGCACCAGCUAGGGCUCCGGAGAUUCCUGAGAUAUAGAGAGACUUCUGAGAGCAAAGAGGAGAGGAACUUUCAUCGCCAGUCAGAGCCGGAUUUGGAAUGGCCAGGAAGGCGCAAGAAAGGUUAGAUCGUAAAAUCAAGUUCCUGGCCAAGA